UCAGAAAGGGGCAAGAUGUUUUCUUCAUUUUCUAAGUUCAUCCUUCAAGUGGAUGUUGAGUUGUCAUGUGUUGUCCUUGUUGUAGUGGAAAAACUGAUAGAAAAAGAGUUCAAUUGUCCUUGCAACUCAAGUAACAAUUUCUUUUUCUGUGGGCUUGUGGCUAGUUCAGGUUUCAUAAUUAUCGGUCUUACUGUGCUCAUCCAAGUGCAUCAUUACAAGAAACUGCUGAUAAAGAAGAAAGAAGAAAACAAAGACCAAGCUGUCAGACAGAAGGAAAAAGAAGAAAAAAGAACAAUUCCAAUAUUCCAAUACCCGUGUAUUAUUGUCUUAUCAGGUUUGAUCUCCAUAUUCGCUUGGCUCACAUUGUGGUUCGCUGAAGGACACUACUAUCUAUGUCUCCAGAGUUCAUUGGAUGGUGUUUGGGCACAGUCCAACUCGAAAGGAACGCCUAACAAGUGGUGUGAACCGUAUCAUAUUAACUCAAUUCAACGCAAAGAACAAAUAAUCAAAUCAACCGAGCAGUUCAACGACUCUCAGAAAAUUUCCAUAUGGCUGUUUGUUUGCCUUACUGUGUGGAUAUUGUGCUACUGCAUUUUGCUGAUUUAUGUGGGUUGCGGAAAUGAAGAGAAGGAGCAGCAGACAGAGAGAAAUGCAGAAAACAUGCCAUUGAAUCAACAGCAGUCGUCAAAUGUCUGUCAACAAGAGAAGCAAACAAUGACUUCAGAGGAGCUAUUGGAAACCACAAGUAACCAGACGGUGCCCAAUGACCCACCUGCCUCAUCAGCAACCCAGGUCAGCCAGGCUACAGGGGGAAUGCAGCCUGACGGGGACGGUGCUGAGACGGAUGUGCAUUUGGACAGAACCAGUAAAUGUCCAAAUGCAAAUACAUAUCCUUUAAAAAAAAAUAUUAAACAAAAACAAAUGAUCACCCUGCUUCUCACCCCUAAUGGCCACCAUCACCCAUCCCCACCUCACUGGCUCCCCCUGGGUCCAGCACUCUGGCACAGUUGUGCAGGUGCAGAUGGGUCAUUGGGCAACGUCUGGUCACUUGUGGUUUACAUUUUGGGAAAUUUGCCUAUUGCCAUAUGUUGCCACACAUACGGGAUUUUCCGGAAUAAUAUUCUUAUUUGAGUGACUAUUCCGGAUAAUGAAUCUUUUCCAGGACAGGAAUUGUCAAAAAAGAGUGUUAUUCCGGAAAACCCCGUAUGUGUGGCAAUAUGUGGCAAUAGGUGUAAUGCUAAGCUAAGCUAACAGUGAGUGUAUCAGACUGAGUUAUUGCACGCACACAGACACAAUUAUAUGUAUAAUGUAAUAAUCUCUAGGGGACACAGCAAGUAGGCAAAGUUCCCAAAAUGUUGGUAUGUUCAUGUAAGCACAUUUGAACAUUUGUGAUGUCUUGACUCUUGUGAUGUCUUGACUCUCAUUUGUGAUGUGAUGUCCUGACUCUUGUGAUGUCUUGACUCUCAUUUGUGAUGUCUUGACACUCAUUUGUGAUGUCUUGACUCUUGUGAUGUCUUGACAAUCAUUUGUGAUGUCUUGACUCUUGUGAUGUCUUGACUCUCAUUUGUGAUGUCUUGAACCACACAUGGGUCCAGUGCCCAUGAGGACCAUUUAUGAGCUCACUCCCCAUCUUUCUCUACCACUCAUUUCACAUCUGUUCUUCACUCUUUUGUCAAUAAAGGCUAGAAGAGCACAACAUUUAUAGUUCAUAAAACCAACCACUUUGUAAAGUGAAGCGUUUUGAUACAAUUAGCAAUUAAGUAAGGCAUGGCAUGUCUAUGACAGGUUAUGUUGUCUUCAUUAAUAAAUUGAGCUAUUGCUAUUUGUAACCACAAUAUUUUCUCUUGUGUCAUAUUCAGUUAAUGCUAGUUUCUCACAAUUGCUUUUUUAA